CCCAGGUCACGCUGAAUAAGGGACUUGCUCUCCUCCUCUAGCUAGAACCAGAUCUUUUUCAGGGGCAGGGCAGGGGAGGUGGGGAGAAUGGGCUGCCUGAAGGAGUCUUGUCUUUAACGAAGGCCUCACCAGGAGCCAGAUGGCGUUUAAUGAUUGCUUUAGUUUGAGCUAUCCUGGCAACCCUCAGCCAGGGGACUUGAUUGAAGUGUUCCGUCCUGGCUAUCAGCACUGGGCGCUGUACUUGGGUGAUGGGUAUGUUAUCAACAUAGCACCUCUAGCGGAUGGCGUCCCCGCGUCAUUUACAAGCGCCAAGUCUGUGUUCAGCAGAAAGGCCCUGGUGAAGAUGCAGCUUUUGAAGGAUGUUGUGGGAGAUGACACAUACAGAAUAAACAAUAAAUACGAUGAAACGUACAGCCCCCUCCCCGUGGAAGAGGUCAUGCAGAGGUCAGAGUUUGUCAUUGGACAGGAGGUGGAGUAUGACGUGUUUGUCAACAACUGUGAGCAUUUUGUGACCCUGCUCCGCUACGGAGAAGGCAUUUCAGAGCAGUCCCAAGGACCCAGAUGUGGGGAUGAAGAUGAUGCCGCCAAUGUCCAUACUGAUGAAGGCCUGGUACUCACUAGAACUGGGCUGGGUGCUCUGCACAUCACACCAUCCUCAGACCAGUGAUCUGAAGAGCAGGCCAGGCUGGUGCACAAGGGAGCAGUGUGGAAACAGAAUAAGGCUCCCUUCUUCAAUUCAGCUUUGAUUGGAAAACACAAGAUGACUUGAAGUGAAUGUUGCCCUUCCUGGUUAGUUGCUAUUGAUGCGGAAACUCAAAAGGAUGGGGUUCUGUUUGCACAGGUGAUUUGGAGACAAGUCCUGGGCCAGCCAUUACAGAUUAUUCUCAGAUAAGAAAAGGGUUAGUGAAUAUUCCCUCCUGUUUGCAUAAAAAUUAAAUCUGUACUUUUUCUGUAUCUCAUCAUCAUAAAGUUGACAUUCUGUCAAAGGCUGUUAAGAAGGGUCAGGACUUUUUUGUUCCAUCAAAGUAAAACUGCUUGUGUAUUUUAACAGUAGUUCCAAGGACUUUUGACUUCUAACCUUGAGAGUAUAUAAUUUAUUGUAUGAUUGUGUCUGUUAGAAUGUAUUUGUAAAAACUGUUUUUCACCUAAAAUUAUCAGUUAUGUUUGACAUCGGGAUUUGAAUUUACCCAUAAGCUUUAAGUCGCUAUGAUGUAACAAAUCCAGCUGUAAUUAACUCAAUUUAUGUAGAAGGACUCUGCGGCUACCAAUCAAAUUAAAGUGCUGGCCGACAUAAUAUAGCCUCCUUGUAAAGCACGUUUACAAUAAAAUAGAUGACUCUGAACUGAAAA